UGAAGGUAAUUUUUUUUUUAAAAAAAAACUAGCUGAAAAUACAUUUGAACAUUUUUUCCCCUUAUUCUAAUAUUUUUCAAAAUGAAAAAAACGGAGAGCAAGGAGCAGAAGCUAGGUCCCCAAUGUUACCGCAAUUAUAUGACUCUGGCUGUGAGGUUAUAUCUUGAGAAAAAGUACACACAAGCGAUUCACUUCUUUGGGGAAGCUUUAGAACUUUCACCCGGAAAUAAACACUGCCUUGUGGCACGUUCAAAAUGUUAUUUAAAAGAAGGAAGGCCCGAUAAAGCAUUAAAAGAUACUGAACUUGCUUUGCAGAGCGAUAGUGCAUUCCCCGAUGCUGUGUUACAAAAAGCCGAAGCUUAUUUUCAACAAAGCAACUUUGAGGCGGCGCUCGUUCAUUUCCACCGUGGAGUCCAGUUUCAAGUCAAACAGGAAAUGUUCAUCAAAGGAGUUUAUAAAUGUGAAGAAGCAAUUUUAAAUGCAGUACGAUGGCUGGACAAAGUGAAGAAGAAGAUUGGUGAGGAGACUACAGACGAGGAGAGAACUGACACCAAAAAAUCAGAAGAUAAAAAUAUGACUAGCGUAUUUGUCUUUGAAAAUGAUUCCACUUUACCCAGUGAAGAUAAAAUGUGGAUUCUUUUGGCAGAAUUGUACGAAGACAAGAAAUUUUUGCAAAAGGUGUUAAGAAAAAUAGACUGCCGAAGAGAACACGGUUGGCUAUCAAAACUGGUUGUUAUAAACCAAAUUGUGUAUUUUAAUAACCAGUCCAAAUUCUUGUUGGCCAAAAUGCCUGUAAUAGAGAGAUUGAAACAAGGAGCUCGUUCCAAGUUGGGUGAUGAUUUGCAAGAAAUAAAUCGAAUCUACAAAGCUAAGAAAUUCCGUGAAUGCAUUGAUAAGUGUGUGAAUAUAUUAAAUACUUAUUCGACAAAAGAACUCGGAAGUAAACAAAGACAUUUAGCAGAAGUGUAUUCGCUAAUCGGAGCUUGCUAUUUAGAGAAGAAAAUGAUGGAAGAAGCACGAAUUAUUUAUAUUAAUCUAUUGGCCAUUGGAGAUUUGUUAGAUGACAGCGAGAUUACUUUGAAUGCAGUUAGUGGCCUCAUUGUGACCUACAGCGAUGAUAAAGAAUAUAAGAUAUUUGUAGAUGUUGGAGAAACCGAUAAUGUUGGUAUUUCGGAACUACAAGAAAUGUGGUUCAAUUAUCGACUUGGUUUUAUGUAUCUCGGUGUAAACAACGAAACGGCCAAGAAAUACAUAAAUAUGUGUCUACAAUGUGCUGAGACAGGUAUGAAUCAUUAUUAUAUUACACACAGUUAUGUGAUGUUAGCUUGUGCUAAUGUUCGAACGAAGAACUUUAAAGAGGCUCUAAAAGACAUCGAAAAUUGUUAUAAUUUCUUUAAAGAGGAAACAACAGACGAUUUGGAGGCACUCGAGAAUGUUCUGGACAAAUUAAAAAUUAUAGUAAAAGAAGAAAUAGCAUGCGAAGAGGAAGAAAGACUGUUAAGAGAAGCAAGAGAGAAGGAAGUGGCAGAACGUUUGAGAAAAGAGGCAGAAGAAGCAGCAGCAACAGAGGAGGCGGCAAGAGUAGCAGCAGCAGAGGCAGCUGCGAGGGUGAAACGAGAGCACCAUCAGUAA